AUGCCUACCAUCCAAGGCUUCAGCACGAUGAGAGCGCGCUCAUAUGUAUUCCGUCUACCGUUAUUCACGCGCGCUAUGAUUGCUGUUAUGGUGGCGUUCUGGAUUGUCUCAAUCCAAUCAACAUGGGAUGUGCGACAAUGGGGUGCCUUAAUUCCCGAUGAAUUGACUCUGUCGACUAUGUACCGAGUGAAUACCUUCCCAUUAAUACACCUUAACUUCUUCCACGCCCUCUUCAACAUCCUAUCCUUAACGCCGCUCCUAGAGAGAUUUGAGAACGAGUUUGGAACCUUGACCUCUCUUGCACUAUUUUUCGGCCCUUUAACAACGAUACCGGCUUUGGUCUAUAUCUUUUGGGAGAAGUUCAUUGUAAAAGGAAAUACUGCUGUUAUGGGAGCCAGCAUCUGGGUAUUUCUAUUACUAGGUAUCGAGGCUAUUCGAACGUACAAGACCAACCCGUAUCUUGUGAUAGGAACACAUCAUGUUCCUACAUGGACCACCCCUUUGGUGAUGGUAUUGGUAGUUGAGGCAUUGAUUCCCAAUACUAGUUUUUUUGGUCAUCUCUGCGGCGUAGGCACGGGUUAUUUAUUCGGCUUAGGUUACCUCAAAUUCCUUGCGCCUCCUGAGAAGGCUUUACGAUGGAUCGAAGCUCGUCUGAACCUGCUAGGUCGAUUGCCGCACUACGUCAGUGUAGACCAGAAGACGUACGGUAGGUUCGGCGUCUUACCGACUAACAAUUCAACCACGCAGAUGACGCCAUUAGGCUUGAUGGGCUCUACGCAGCGAUUAGCUGCGGUAAUGGCUCUGCGCCGCGAUCCGCGGUUGCUGAAGCUUCCGCCAUACCUGUCCCUCCUAUGUAUCGUCGUCGGUGUUGUAUGGCUACUCAUGUUACCUCUCGACGAAUAUUCGCGCCGUACUUAUAUUAGCGAGAACGCCUUAUUACCUGGCCAAGUCCAUACCUAUUUUGGUGGUAGCGAUCAGAACGUGUUCCGGGCUUACAAGCACGAGAUCAACGCCCUAGAGAACAGCACCAAUACCCAAGUCAACGAUGAGCUCGAAACUAUAUUCAAGGGCCUUGGCCUUAAGGUCGGGCGACAGAAUUAUACAUACCAUUCUUCGGGCAACACGUAUGUCGGAGAGAACGUGUACGCUAUAUUACAAGCCCCCCGUGGUGAUGCUACAGAAGCCAUAGUACUUGUUGCUGCCUGGAAGAAUGUUGAAGAAGAGUUCAACCGCAAUGGUCUGGCACUGGCUUUGGCCCUAACACGGUACUUCAAACGCUGGUCGCUGUGGUCCAAGGAUAUCAUCUUAGUGGUGCCGCCCGAUAGCCGUGCAGGCAUGCAGGCUUGGGUAGACGCGUACCACGAUGCUCACGAUCCGUCUCAAGUAGCUCCAUUACCGAUGAAGUCUGGCGCACUACAAGGCGCCAUCGCACUAGACUAUGCGCAAGAAGGGCGCUUCGAGUCUAUCGCCAUCGCGUACGACGGUGUCAACGGGCAGCUACCAAACCUAGACUUGAUCAACUCGGUCGUUAACAUCGCAAGCGGACAGAUGGGCAUGGGGAGCGCGCUACAGGGGAUUUUAAAACACUCGCAGAAAUAUGACGAUAAUCUAGCUACGGUGCUCCGAGGUAUGCUCAACCAGGCGUUGGGACAUGCCACGGGGCCUCAUAGCAGUUUUAUCCCGUACCAUGUCGAUGCAGUUACGCUGAGACCCGUGGGCAAUGGCUGGCAUGAUGAGAUGGGGCUUGGACGACUAGUUGAAGGGUUAUUCCGAAGUCUAAACAAUCUGUUAGAGAAGCUGCAUCAGAGUUUCUUCUUUUACUUGCUUAUUCAUAAGCACCGCUUCGUCAGUAUUGGCACGUAUCUACCUAGUGCGAUGCUGGUUGCUGCGAAUUUUACUAUCAUGGCUAUUGCGUUAUGGGUUAAGAGCGGGUACAGAGAAAUCAAUGCGCCGAAGGAAGAACAGGAGAAGAAACCAGAGAUAGGAGAGGCUAAAGAGAGUGAAGGAGUGAAAGAGGUAAAGGAGGCUGCGAAGCCGACUUCGGUACCGGUUGAGCGAGAAAUACUUCUCCCACUUACUCUCGUAGCGGGAUGUCAGUUUCUAGGGGUUAUUCCGCUAUUUGCCUUCAACCAGACGCCUUCUAGUCUCCUCACGCCAAUCUUUAUCCUCUUCGCCAUCAUCAAUGCCGGCCUCCCACAUCUCGCCUCUUAUUUCUUAACGAAUGGCAUCCGCAAACCGCCUACGGCCCAGCAGUACCUACUCAUCCGAUCAUUCUCCCUAUUACUACUAGGAAUGUUCCUCUCGUCCCUCGCAACUCUCAACUUCUCACUCGCCUUUAUCAUCGGCGUCCUAUCUAGCCCGUUAUCGUUUUCCCGCACGUGGCCCUCUUCCUCUCCUUCCUCAUCCGCAUCUUCUCCAUCUACAAAUACAGAGAAGGGUGUAAACGCAGCAGUAUUCAGAUACGCUCAUUCAGCCCUUCUCCACGCCCUAGCCCCUCCCGUCGUUCUACUCAUAAGUAGCGCGUUAGCCGGCGUAAGUAUCCAGAGCGUACUUGAGGAGGCGGCGUUCGGUUGGCAUGUCUGGGGUAUGUAUACCCAACUUCUCGUGUGGUGCGUCUGGUGGCCGGCGUGGCUGGUAGGCCAGAUCAUAGUGCUUGGGCAGCCGAAGGAGGUCGGGGGUAGGAGUACGGGAAGCGAAAAGGAGAAGAAAAAUGCUUGA